AUGCCUGUCCCCCGCCUUUUAAAAAAGCUGAGCUUUCACAAACUACGGAGUAAAUCAGUCGACGACCUGCACGAAGACGACUGGGCUUUCUUUCCCGAAUCGCCUCUUCCACCCGUACCCCAAAUCCCCAUCAAUCCUCGCUCGCAGACCGAGCCUCGUCUCAACCUGCGCCAGGGAUCCAGUAGCUCCAGCAACUCUGGGACGAAUCUAACCGGGCCAAGCUCCAGAGCGUUUACCAACUCGCGGAGCUCUACGCUCGUCAGCUCUGGUUCCAGCGCGGGAACGCCAUACACAUACACCCGUUACUCUGAAAACCUUGAUUUGCUCAAAUAUCAUGCCGGUGAUCAUGGACAUGCUGAAAACGGCGAUCUCGAAGGUCCCAUCGCACCCACGCCGGGCUUCAAAACUCAAAGAGCUGUUAUAUCUUCGUCUCCCGCGGCCAUGGAUUAUUUCCCUAGCGCAGAAUACGUCGCGGCCGGAACGACGGUUACAGCGUUAGCGGUGACGGAGUUUCGAGUCGAGGAGUCAGAGACGGAGGGCCAGGGCCACGAUAGAGGUCUGACUUCUAGGAAUCCCAGCCGGGAGAUAGGUACAGGCCAGCUGUAUCGUCAACAUCAUGAGGCGAAGUCGAUCAUAGACAACUCAUGGAAUAUGGUAAAGGACGGGUCGAAGAAGAUGGCAGGUGCGGAGGCGAUGUUGAAUACUAUUGAUGAUACGGUCUCAAAACUUCAAGCGGGUAACUCAGCGCUGACGCCGCUGAUCACUAGCGUCGAGACGGCGUUGAAAGACACGGGCGUGGUGGACAUGGUUCAGAGCGGAUUGGACCACUUUUUCGACGGGAUGCCGGUCUUUAUGAAUGCGUUGGACUCGGUAGCCAAGCUCCAUCCCUUCAUCGGAGUCGCUGUGAUGGCUUUCAAGGCCGUCUAUACUCUGGAGCUCAAGCGUCGUGAGAACGAGAAGAAAAUUAUAGCUCUCUAUGUCGAGAUGAAGGACAUGAUGGGUGUUCUCCUCCAACUGCAUGACGAACAAUCAGUCGCGCCCGACGGACGUUCUAUCGAAGACCGAAUGUCUGCACUCGUGAACAAGACAGCCGACGACAUCAAAACUUGCUCCAACGCCUGCGAUACCUACUCAAAGAAGCGCCUACUCGCCAAAGUCUUCCAAGGCCCGAUGUGGGACACCAAGCUCGUCGCAUUCGCUGGAUCGUUCACCAAGAGGAGGACCGAGUUUGAGUUCGCCUUAUCAGUCCAUACAGCCUUGGGCGUUGAUCAGCUGAAUUCAAAGGUAUCAUCUGUGAUGGAUACGACACAGAUGAUGAAUCAAAAGAUGGACCAGAUGAUGCAAAUGUUCCAAACGCUAGUCAAUCCGGAGAUGAAGAAGCUCACUGCCGCCGUCGAGGAACACGGUGGGAUCCAAGCUUGUAUGGAGAACGAGUCCGUUCUUCGUGAGCUCAGCGGGUUUACCUCCAAACCUUCGAGCGCCAGCAAGGCUCGUCUUGAUCCUGCCGCCACACGAGGUGGCAAGCGCGCUCGAGACGAGAAUACGUCGGCGUUUGAGGAGCUGAAGGCGGAUAUCUAUGAUGACCCGGAUGCUGCGAUUGAGAAGAACAUGGUCGUGUUUUCUCGCAAGUUCGAGAUCCAGAAGCAGCAGAUAGUGGCGGAGUUGACGUUGGUGGUUCAACACGAGGGUGACAGAGUCAUUGAGGCGGUUACUUCUGGACCACACGAUAGGAUUCUCGACCCCGAUAUGCAUGUCAUCUGGAAGGAUAUGGGAUGGCGAGGAAACGUCAAGGCACGGCACUUCGUUUUAGCUCUCCGAGACUUCUUCCAAGAGAAAGUGGCCGCUGUCUCGAAGGGUGUGGCCACUCCGAAAGCAGGCCUGAAGAGCACAGAUAGCUGGGCGAUCAAAUAUAUAGACAUCAUUCGGUUGCAACCCAUCAUGGAGGCUUUCGAUGACGAUGCCUCUGGUUUCAUCACCGUUCUGGAGAUGAAUAAUUUCACAACAAGUCGGCCAAAAGGAUGGAGCCUCUCUCACUGGGUCGCAUACUGGGCUAUCGGACACAGAGCAGCAAUGGUGCACUAUAAGGUUCUGAUCGAAGAGCUAUUCGCCAAGAUGGAAGGUAUCAUCCCAGAGCUCCGACUCGAGAACCGUGGCUCUGCCCACGAUUAUUUCGCGAUGUCUUGGAAGGCGGUACACACUCUGACAGCUGGCCUCGACGAUCAUGCUCCCGACCCGAAUCAGGAGCGGUUCACAACCUAUGUUGAGUCGGAGGAAAAGCGCGUGAAAGCGAACCUGGAGGCGGUGGACUACAUUAUCGACGGCCUUGACACUCUUUCGCUGGUGACUGGCGCCGGUAGAAUCGAGAAAUCACUGUUUGUUCUAGUGUAUCUGCUGCUCAAGCAUCACUUCGAGAUCAUGCGGAUAGCCCGUACAAAGGUCAUCGACGAUGACGAGCUGUGGAAUGCGGAGCAAACUAUUCGAUACAUCAUGCAGGCCGUCGGCUACCGCGUCAGCGACUUGACUCAUAACUUCAGACAGCAGAGAGUGGACGUCCAGAAAUCCUUUGCAAAUUUCGCCUGUGGGAUAUACAAGUUCGUAGAGGACCCGGGAGAAUUAUGGUCCCCAGAAAAAGUCAGGGCUAUGAACGAACCGGUGCAGGUGUAUCGAGAUGCCGACGAGGACCAGACUAUCCAGCCAUCAGACAUUCUUAAACUCGAGUACCACGACAAGCUUUAUCUUGACCAGUGGGUAUACGGCGACAAUCCAUACCCGGCUAUUCCUUGGACAUCGGGCCCAGUCAGCUUGCUCCUCGGCCCAUGGCACGGCUACCGCUACACCGACACAGGCGAAUGGAACACCCAAUACCCACUAAGCAUGAUGACCCUCAACAUCCAACGCGCAUCCGGCCACCAAAGGCUCAAAGCCACCGGCUGGAACAGCAACGGAGACUUCGACGUCCAAGGCUCAUGGACGAAAUCCGAACAAGGCAUCCUCCGAAUCACCCUCGAAUUCCUCUUCUCCGCACAAUACAGCAAGAUCUACUUCCAAGGCAGGUACGACACCGAACAAGACCUCCUCUACGGCAACUGGGCAAAGUCCUCCGACCCGUCGAAUAUCCUCGGUCUAGUCACCUUCAAGCGUAACGCCCCAGAGCACCUGAGGUAUUAUCCCACGCCGAGUGAAGUCCACGGAGGAGAUGGGAGGGCACGAGCAUUGUGGCGGUUCGCGAUCCUGGCUGUGAGAGAUGAGGUUCGCAGGCGGGGGUGGUCGUGGUCGUAUUUCCGGGAGAGGCGUGAUCAGCGAAAGACGUUCAUGCGGCUUUACCCAAGGUUGUUUUUCUUCGGGAGUCCCUUGAGCAAGAGCGAGACCAUUGAACUUUGCGAGGUGACGCGAACACUAACAUCGGCGGAUGCGUGCUAUUAUGGGUCUGUGGUGCGCAAGAUCAGAGACAUGACCUGUCUUCACGAUGAGAUAUGCGACGGCUGCGCCGGUCGAAUCGGAGGCGCACGUCUCGUCUGCCUCGACUGCACACCGCAAAGCCAAGAAACCCUCGACACCAUAGACCUCUGCGAUCACCCCUCCUGCGUCUCCUGCACCGUCCCAAUCACGCGUCGUGAAGACCUCGAUGCACCACACAUGCCAACGCACCACCUCAUGAAACUAUACACCGUUCUUCACAUGCGUCAGUACGGACGAGUGGAGAGAGCGGCGAGGGAGGCGCUGAAGCGGGUCAACAGAUGGAUCGCAGCCGGACUUGGGGCGAGGAAUGCAGCGCGCUGGCAUGGUGCUUCUGCCCCAGGCGGCAUGAGGACACCGAUGAGGACGACGUUCCUGCCCAUGAUAUCGGUGAACGAGUCUGGUGUGGAUGGAAUGAGCGUGUCGACGCCUUUGGUAGAGUCUAGGGAGAUGUUUACUUGUGGGAAGUGCUAUAGUCCAGUCACUCUCCCUUGCUGGUACUGCGUGGUCUGUCCAGACCACCUCUUCAUCUGCGCCUCCUGCGACUCCGCCGGCGCGCUCAAAAUCCCGCGCUCCUUCAAUCUCACGCACGACGAAACACAUCCUCUCAUCCGGUGUCAAGAGCCCCCGAAAGUCGCCUCCGUCAUGUCCACCGAGGAGCGGCUCAUCGCUCUCGAAGAACGGCUUCAGGAGAUGGAGGCGGGCCAGAGGGCGGUGCAUGAUCGGUUGGGAGAUAUCGAGGGGUUAUUGAGGAUGCUGCAGAGUACGCUUGCGCAGGCACGGACACCGUCGGCGAAGAGCCAUUCGACGUGGUUGAAUGUAUAGGCCUGUUGUGACUCUUGUCUGGGUUUGUCUUGUUUGUCCAGUAUGGAAACGUCUCGCUCAUUAUCACUUCACGUUUGUGUACUAUAUUAUUCUGCCUUUCGUUUACUGCCUACCACAAGUCAUACUUACUGCAACGAAAUUAUAAGUGCCGGUAAUACUGUAGCGAACGCUUGCUCGAACUCGAACAGCUUGAACAUAC